AUGGAGAUCUGCCCCAUGGAGCUGAAGAACAUCCUGGACGACGUCUGCAGAAAGAGUGGAGUGGCGAUCGGCGAGGGCGGCUUCAGUAUCGAGACGUGUCGCAGCAUGGUGGCUGUCAUGGACAGUGACAGCACAGGUAAACUGGGCUUCCAUGAGUUCAAGUAUCUCUGGAACAAUAUAAAGAAAUGGCAGGGGAUCUUUGUCAAGUUCGACCGGGACAGGUCUGGGUGCAUCAGUGAGCAGGAGCUGCCUUCAGCACUGACGGCAGCAGCAGUGUGUUUCAAUCUGAACGACCCAAAGAAAGGCACCGGCGACCUUUACGCUCUGAUCGUGCGGCGCUACGCAGACCAGCACGGCAGCAUGGACUUCGACAGCUUCGUGGGCUGUCUGGUGCGACUGGAUACCAUGUGCAGAGCCUUUAAGACUCUGGACAAGAGCAACAGCGGCUCCAUCGACCUGGGCAUAGAGGAGUGGCUGCAGCUGACCAUGUACUCCUGA